AUGCCAUUCCCAACCCGCAAAAUCGGCGACGAUGACGUUUCCGCCAUCGGCUUAGGCUGUAUGGGCAUGUCCUUUGGCUAUACCUCCUUCGGUGGUUACGACGACAAGGAAUCCCUCAACGUGCUCACCCGUUCUGCUGAUCUUGGUUUGACCUUCUGGGACACCAGUGAUAUCUAUGGACCUCAUACCAACGAGAAGCUCCUCGGCAAGUGGUUCAAGGAGACCGGCAGGCGGAAGGAGAUCUUCCUCGCCACCAAAUUUGCCAACUACAUGGACCCCAAUGGUAACAUGUCAGUGCGUGGCGACGCUCCCUAUGUCAAGGAGGCCUGCGCCGCGUCUCUUGAGCGCCUCGGCGUUGACCAGAUCGAUCUGUACUACCAGCACCGCGUUGAUGAUAAGACGCCCAUUGAGGAGACUGUCAAGGCGAUGGCAGAGCUGAAGGCCGAGGGCAAGAUCAGGUACCUAGGCCUGUCGGAGUGCUCAGCCAGGUCGCUACGCAGAGCCCACGCCGUGCACCCGAUCGCAGCGAUUCAGAUGGAGUUCUCCCCAUUUGCGCUCGAGAUCGAGUCGGACCAGACGGACCUCCUCAGGACGGCUCGCGAGCUGGGCGUCAAGAUCGUGGCUUACUCGCCGCUGGGCCGGGGCUUCCUCACGGGCACGAUCAAGAGCCGCGACGACAUCGAGCCCACGGACUCGCGGGCGCGCCACCCCCGCUUCUCGGAGACGCACUUCCCCGAGAACCUGAAGCUGGUGGACGCGCUGGGCGCCGUCGCGGCCCGCAAGGGCGUCACCCCGAGCCAGCUGGUCCUGGCGUGGGUCCUGGCGCAGGGCGACGACUUCAUCCCGAUCCCGGGCACGAAGCGCGUCAAGUACCUCGAGGAGAACGCCAAGGCCAUCGAGGUCCAGCUCAGCCCGGACGAGGUGCGCGAGAUCAGGGCCGAGGUCGAGAAGGUCGGCGGCGGCAAGGGCGAGCGCUACCCGCCUGCCAUGCUGGCCAAGUGCUUUGGUGACAGCCCGGAGCUGCCCAAGUAA